AUGACCUACAAGGCGACUGCGCCUCCUGUGGUCUGGGACCAUGAUAGCCUGCUUUCGACCAGGAAACAAUUGGAGGACUCCAUCCUGGUCACCAUUGACCUCGAAGGUGUUGAUCACCUCAUGAAGAAGGCCGGCCAACCUGCUCCGACAAGCUACGACAAGUUGUCAGAAGUAGGCAUUGCAACCUACGACCCUCGUGAGAAGGUUUCGACGUCGACCUCCGAUGACAUGGAGGCCCUUGGCUCGUGCAUUCACGCCCAUCACACAAUUGUUCAUCGGUUUCAUCGGGUCACCGAAGAGACCUGCCCGGCAUAUUAUCACAAGAAGUUUGCCAAUGACCCGAAGAAGCAACAUCAUGCGCGCCCCUACCAUUGCGCCUUCGCGAAAUCGAUCAUCAAGCCCACCCAACAGGCACUGGAGGAUGUGAAGAACUUCAUCAAGGUACUCUCCAGCCAGAAUCUCACCAAGUCCGAGAACCAAAGCGGCAAAGACCGGCGCAUCUGCAUUUUUUACUGGGCCGCCAACAUGGAAGAGUCAGUCUUUGCGCAGGCCGGGAUCGACCUUACUACUGCUGGCACCCAUGUCACGAUCUAUGACAUGCAGCUCUGGUCCAUCUUUCAGAUUCGCUUCCAGAAGGGUCAAACUGGCGGAGAAGAAGCAUUCAAGUCGCUCGACGCUCUCGGAAAUGGUCUCAACCUACACAACGCUACAAACGACUGCGUAGCGCAGUUGUUGUCCCUCUUGAAGGUGUUUUCCAUGAGAAAGACCGAAUGGAACUCCUGGUUCUAUCAACAGAUCGAGCUCACUCCCAUGGCCAUGUCAUGGGUGAGUCCUCAUAUUUAUCAAGACAACUUUAAUUCCAGGCCCAGGGCUCUCUACGAGAGCGCACACACCAGACACGGUCAGGGACGACUCCCUGCUUACAAUCACUAUGUCAACAAGCAGCCCAAACGUGUGACAAAGCCUACUCCCCACUAUACCUCUAACGACUUCACCUCACAAGCACCUUCCGCGCCGGGUGUUGGAGGUAUGGUGCCUGGAGGUACCUCUAGCAAUCAUUCAGCAGAGGAGAAGACGGCAAAGAGAUCCAGCGGCAAGGAACAUACCUCUGGUAGUGCUACUGACCAGUGGUGGGCUGCCUACGAGGCCAGAAAAGACAAAAUCUCGUCCACUAUGGCAACGUACAAGAAACCUAUUGCUACUAUGGCCCCAUCGACCGAAGAAGUUGGUACCGGUUGGCCCGCUGAGAUGGAGUGGUGA